GAUACAACAUCAAAAGACACCAUGAUCUCAUGCGGUUCGAUUGUACAAUUAGAUAUUUUUCUCACGAAGUCGUUGCUGUUGGUAACAGUGAAUUGGCUGCGUUGUAACGGAGACAAAAUAGAAGCUAGGUAUUUGGAAGCCUGAUAGGUGGGGCAGUUGAUGGAACUGGUGAUGGGUCUCAGUGGGACCUCGGGGUUAUGUAUCUUUGGUAAUCCAUAGAAAGUAGCUGGUGUGGCAUCAGUGCUUCGGAGUUUGUAGUACAAUUUGUCGUCGAGUUGUUGCGCACCGGGAUCAUGGAUUGAUUUUUGAUCUUUUGAUCAUGUUUGUGCCCCUCCGGAGGGCACAAACAUGGCGUCUCCAUACGAAGCUCUACAAAUUUGGGUGACACACUUCUGCGAAUAACGCGCGAAUGAAAAACAGCAGAAAGCUGAUUCUCGGCAAGGUUGUUUAUAUAGCAAUCAUCUAUUAUAUCCCAGAUUCUGGAAUUUAUUUAUUGAAUGGAUACGAUUUUUAGUUUUGAUCACAUGACUGGUGAAUACCAAGAAUAAAUGUGAAGACUGGCACUCCCAGCAGGGGAACGUCGGGAUCAUUUUUCUCGCUCCAAGCUCUGCUCCACGCCUCAGGCAUGUUACGCGAAGGCCUGGGAAGGAGUGUCGGCGCGGGAAAUGGCGAGACAUUGCGAGACAUAAACAAUGAUGCUUGAGUGCACUUGUUGAUUCAUUUGUACCUCAAGAAAGAUUCUUGUGCUACUAUGGAGCGAGAAGAAGUUAUAAUAAGCAAUGGAAAUGGCCUCCAAAGCACUAAAAUGCUUUCUGAUCGUAUAAUGGCGGUUUGUUAUAUCGAGACUGUCUUCAGAGACGUGAAAACGGGGAAAGAGCGAUUGAAGCGAGGAACUGGGUUUUUUUCGAAGCUAAAUUUGGAAGGUUAUGGAGAUGGUUAUGGCGUGUUUACAAACAACCACGUGCUUGGGACAGUUGUUGAAGCCGAAAACGCGGUUGCAACGUUCGGUUUUGAAGGAUCCAGUGUCGGGGAAAAAGUAAAAUUACGACCAGAGAUAAUGUUUCGAACUCAAAAGGAACUUGACUACACAUUUGUUGGUGUCAAGAAACAAGAUAUUGAAACGUUACAGCAAAGAAUUGAACCGAUACCCAUGGAGCCCGAGCCAGAACUGAGAAAAAAAGAUAGCAUUAUGAUAUUCCAACACCCCAAGGGACGUCAAAAAGAAUACAGCCAAGACAAGAUUACCAAUAUUGAAAAACCAUUUGUGUUCUACCAGGCUGAUACAGAGACAGGGUCUUCAGGAUCACCUGUACUUACAACUGUUGGGCUAAAGCUGAUAGCUAUCCAUCACAAGGGAAGUGAAGAGGGGGGCUACAACAAGGGAACUCUGAUCAGUGAGGUUCUCAUGCAUCUAGAAAAAGAAACAUAUACUAAGCCCUCUGGCAGCAUCUCAGACAGUCAAGAUAGGGAGAUCUUUGAAGAUAUGCCUCCAAGAAAAAGGCCAAGGCAUGACCAGGAGGACAUCAAAAAUGGCAUGCCAUCAGAAGAGGCCCUUGGCGACCUGGCGCAACACAUAACUUCAUUUUGGAAACCCUUGGGGCGCAAACUUAAAGUUCCCAAUGCCAAACUUGAGGAGAUUCAGAGUGACAAUGUCCAGUACCCAGCAGUGAAAGAAAAGGCAUUUCAAAUGCUGAUGGUCUGGAUCGACCAAGGGGAAUCAACAACAUCUAGUGAAUUGGCAAAAGCUUUACAGGCUCUUGGAAAAAACAGACUAGCUCAGGAGCAUUGCAGCUGCAAUCAAAGUUGUAAAAAUUAGAGGGAAUUCAACCUGUUUUAGACUAAAAAUCAAAAGAAAACUAAGAUAAAAAGACAUACCCCAUGGGAGGGCACAUACCUUUCUGUAGCUGAUAUAGUGACAUACUUGUACCUUUCCUCCACCCUCCUGGGGAAGUUGUUCAAAGGGUGAAAGAUGUCACUCCCCAAUAAGUUGCUGAUCCAGUGAUCCAGUGUAUGGUGAUACAGUUCAGAUGCCAUGAUCCCAUGCAUAUAAUUUAAGUUGUAACAAAACUAGCCAAGGUAUGCACUGGGUAGUGAUUUAUCCGUUGGCUUGUAUUAUCAACCCUUUGAACAAGCAAGUAAUACUUUUAUGACCUCUCAAAGUAGCAUUGAUAACGUUUUCACAAUGUUUGUAAGGUGGUUAUGAGGCCAUUUUUUAAAAUAGAAUACAUUGUAAUAUUGCAUUUUGUUUAUGCUCCAAGUGCAUUUGCUGUAAAGUUUUAGUUUUAAGAAUGUGUUUUACAUUAGUUUUAUUACAUGUACAGAUAAACACGAGUUAUUUAUUAAAACAUUCUCUAUAUAUUCAUAAAUCAAAAGUGAGAUUCAGUCUGACAAAUAAUGCCAUCUUAAAUCCAUAGUUAUUGAAGAGAUACAUAUCCUAAAAUAGGUCCACGGUGUAUACAUUUGUGAACUGCCUUUUUGAAUAGCAGAUUUGCACGAUAGCGACAUUUGACUACAACCACCAGAAUUCAUUUCGCUUUUUCUUUAUUAUUUAAAUUUUGAAUUCCCAGUGGGGUUUAAAUAACAAUUGCCCUAAUUAGCAUAAGGAAAUGAAAAAGUGAAGGAUUCUGGUAGUUGUUGUCAAAUGACGCCAUCAUGCAAAACGCCUAUUGACGCCAUAACAAGAUCUUCCUGUAACCAUGGAGACAGGAGAAACAUCUUCAACAUACUUCAUAGAGAUCUGAAAUCGCAGACCCCUGCUGAUGUCUUCACGCGAAUCGAACGAAUAGGUACAAUAACGGUAAAAUCACAACUAACAAGGAAUACAAAAGAGCUCUUCCGCAAAGUCAUACAAAACCUACUACAAAUUCAAAAAAACAAUUCACGUUUUCAUAUGCUGAGGGCGGGAGAUUUUGUCUAAACCUGGCCUUUUGUGGGAUCUGCGUUCAAGGCCUGCACUAGUACUAAAGGAAGGCCUCCUAGUUCUGCUUUUUCAAAAAUUGUCUCGCAAAUUUUUGCAAAAUCGGAAAGCUUUGCCCUUUGAUUCCUCUCACAAUUUCUGGAGUAACAUGUGGGAAGUCCCUCGCAUUUUGCCCCCUUCGUUCUUCUGACGGAAAAACCUUUGGUCCUCUUGCGCCGCUCAUUGGGAAGCCUUUCCCGAAGUCUAUAUAACCACUGGGUUAUAGCUGCCAUCGGACUGGCAUGUGGUCAAAAACAAUGUCAUUUGUCUUCAAGGUCAUCGUGCAAGAAACCCACGUGGUGUACUCGCUGGUUUGCAAUAGUCGUUGUCCACGUUUGUGUAUCUUUUUUCGUGGAAAGGACACUGGAUAUGGUAAGGGAGCCUCAGUGAAUAGGGAGUUUUAGCAAUGAGGACGGUGACGCCGGGGACGACGCCUUGUAAAAAUGGAUUUACAUUUUA